ACAGAUUUCAUCUGGAACUCAUUUCUUUCUGUUUGUGCUUGCAAAUGUAGCUUUUCCCCGAGCAGUUCAUCACGCUGGAAAGAACAAAGGAGAGUGGAGGGAUCACCAUCAGUGCCUCCUUCGGCUUGGUACACUUUUGCUUACUAAAGAAGAGAAACUUCAGUAUUGCUUUUUAUGCUUACAGUAACACAGGCUGCGGUGGACAUUUUUUCAGUCCACUCCUCCCAUGAAAUGUCCGAUAAGGGAAGCUUGGCCUAAACUGUCACCGUCUCGAAACCGCAGCAGAGAUUAAUCAUAUGGCUGUUUUACGAAAACUUAAUCACAUAUUGCUGUUUCUGCUUGUGUUGACAUUUUGUGCCAUAUGGUAUAGCACAAUCUAUAAGGCGCCCACACGGAAGGAACAAGACGGUAAAUAUGAUGCUGCUUUAGAAGUAGAAGAAGAAGAGGAGGAGGAAGAUGUCAUUCCCGUUGUUAUAUGUGCUGCAUCAGGCCGCCUGGGUGCCGCCAUAGCUGCGAUCAACAGCAUCUACAGUAACACUAAUGCCAAUGUACUAUUUUAUAUUAUAGGUCUGAAAAAUUCAUUGCUUCACAUCAGAAAAUGGAUUGAACAAACACAGUUGUCUGAAGUACAAUUUAAAAUUGUGGAGUUUAACCCCAUGGUUCUUAAAGGAAAAAUUCGCCAUGAUGCAGCCUUCCCUGAGCUUCUUCAACCACUGAAUUUUGUACGUUUUUAUCUGCCACUGCUCACUUCAGAACAUGAGAAAGUCAUUUAUUUGGAUGAUGACGUCAUUGUCUUAGGAGAUAUCCAGGAACUUUACAACACUAAAAUAUCAAGAGGACACAUUGCUGCAUUUUCUGAUGACUGUGACUUGCCAUCGCUCCAAGACGUUAUCACAAGAGUAGGGAUACAGAACACAUACAUGGGGUUCCUUGACUACAGAAAGAAGGCAAUUCAGAAACUUGGAAUCAGCCCAAGUACAUGCUCGUUCAACCCAGGUGUAUUUGUAGCAAACAUGACUGAGUGGAGACAGCAGCACAUUACUAAAAAACUGGAGAAAUGGAUGAAGAAAAACGUGGAAGAGAAUCUGUACAGCAGUACCGUUGGAGGUGGAGUAAGUACUCCUCCCAUGCUUAUUGUGUUCCAUGAAAAAUAUUCUGUCAUCCCUCCAGCCUGGCACGUUCGGCAUCUAGGGUUGAGUCCAGAUGACCAGCUUCCUCAGAAUGUGAUUCAAGAUGCUAAGCUGCUGCACUGGAAUGGACGAUUUAAACCUUGGAAGUCGCCUUGUUCACACUACAAGCUUUGGGAGAAAUGGUUCAUUCCUGACCCCACAGGAAAGUUUCAGAUCCAUCGCAUCUAAGUAAAUUUUGGGCUUUUGUUUUAUGCAUUAAUUUAGAAUCUCUUCUCAAAUAAUUUGCAAACUAUCUUGGUAACGCUCUUCCACCACUGCUGGUGGGUGACACGAUCGCCAUUGUUGACAUGCAGUUUUUGUAGAGCUUUAGCCUUAGCCCAAAAUAAGUGCAGCGAUUUCAACUGACUGUACACAUGAUGAUGAGCUCCAUCCAAUAUAUUUUUAUUUCAAGUG